AUGCUGAAACACCUACGACGCGGGCUUCCAACUCGCGUGGUCUCUCGCAUAGAGCGCCUGCUCGGAUCGCAUCCCGAAGAUCUGCCGCCAGCCAACCUGCUGGCGAGGCCUGCUUCUAAACCUGUCACGGAUGGUGUCAAAGCUGCGUCGCUCUCCCCUUCUGCCAUCCGCCGGAUUGUCAAAGUCGCCCAAGAGAUUGGCGCCUGGCAGCACUGCUGUGUCCACUUUCCUACCUUCGAAAGGGAGGUUGAAGCGUUCGUGGCGAUCGCGGUCCCGGAGAACGGCAACACCGAGUACGAAGGGUAUCGCGCGAUCGAUCCUGCGUGGCUGUCCCUCUUUUACGUCAUAUCCAGCAUCGCCAUCCAUCAAAUGUCGGAAGAGGAGGGUGCUUUUUGCGGUCUCGAGGCGGAAGCAGAGCGCAUGCGGAUUGCUUCUACCCUUCUUCACGCAGCAAUGGACUCACUCUCGCUGGCCGACUACCUGGUCAAGCCCUCAGUCUACUGCUGUCAGACCAUUGCGAUCCUCUGUGUCGCAGGCCACAACAUCUGUGGCAGCGAUCUGCUCACAUCGCUCCUUGCGAUCGGCAUCAAGACCGCUCAGACGCUCGGCCUACACGCGCUGGGUCGCACCGCCAGAUUCCUGGAAGCGUGUGCAGUCCAGCGCGAUCAGGUGCUGCAUCGUGCCGGCGUCCGCUCCAACAACGCAGGCUCCUGCCGUCUCCCUGACGAGUCGCCGAGGCAAUUUGCGAUCUGGAAGAAGCGCAUCAUCGAUCUCGAAGUUGGCAAACGGGUCUGGUGGGCCUUCACACAACAGGACUACUUUGCCAUCCCGUUCAGCGGAUGCUUCUCCAUCGUAGAGGGCCAGUAUGACACUCCGUUGCCGCACAACUGCUCAGACGAAGAUCUGGAAGAAGGCCGUCUGAUCAACCGCGAGGUCAAUGUGCUCACCGUCGCCUCCAAGCAGCGUUUCACCUGUCAUGUCGCAAAGAUUGUGUGCGACUUCUUCGAGGACCUCAACAAGACGCGCGAGACGCCUUCCUUGUCGCUAGUCCAGCAUCAUGAGGAUCGUUUGCGCUUCGUCACGGAUCGCUUCAAGGCUUGCCUCGUUCCGACACAGUCGGCAUCCACACAAAGCACUCACGCGGCCCUGCCGAGCUUCACUACGGUGUUGCAACACUACCUCUUCAUCUCGGUGCAGCACAAGAUCCUAGUGAUGCAUCGCGCUUUCCUGUCUCGGGAUGUAUCGGCCGAAGAGCGGGCACUGUCGCACAGCGCGUCCAUCGAGACGGCUCGAGGCGUUCUGCACGAGCUCGAGCGCGGACUUGGGCUCAAUGUUGAUGGGGAUGACAGCACUCAGCUUGAUCUGCAGUCGCGAGUCCACGGCGGAGCGCUGUGGACCAUCCCCUACCACUCUGUCGCCGCUGUCACUAUCCUGGCGCUGGACAUGUUCCAGCCAGCCUCUCAUCCAACGGAAAGAGCCAAGCGAAGACAAGAAGUGAAGCGCGCACUCGAAGCAAUAGGCCGUUUCACUCGCAAGAGUGCCAUCGCUCGUCGGGGCUGUCAAUUGCUGUCAGACCUCCUGGCAGAAGGCGAACGCUACGAUCGACGACCUGCACAGCCCCGAAAACGCAAGGCAGCGGACGGAGUGGAUUCGGUUCUCAAACGUAUCCGGCUGCCCGAGGACGAAGACGAGCCGCAACAGAACCAGCAGACCUCGACCCCGAAUCAGACCCGUGGCCAGAACACUCAGAGUGAACCUGCUCUGGAGGCCAGCUGGUUCUCGCACUUCAAUCAUAAUUCUGUGCGCUCGGACGUAUCCUCUGCUGUGUUGGACGGCACCUCGCCAGACUCUGAACGCUUUGGUCUGCUGCCCACUGCUUCGUUCGGCUAUGGGUCGACCAACUUCAAUCCACUUGCCGGCAAUUCAACGUCUCGCGCUGCAAAUGUCGCCUCGUUUCAGCUUGGAGAAGCGGCCAACUCGCUUUCGAGCAUGUUCAUGUCAUACAAUAAUGACCCGAGCGCGGUAUCAACGCAUGACACCAGCCCCGCUGGCACAUCACGCUAUGGCAUUCAGGAAGCGGGAGAAGCAACACGAAACGGAACGACGUGGAAGGACGACUUUGGCACGCCUCUCAGCAGCGAAAAUGCGACUUCAACACUGGCUUGGCCAACAGCUCAGCCAAGCAUGUCAAUGGAAGGCGUGCAAGCGGGCAGCAUCGCGGGCAUGAAUCUCAACAUGCCGCAGCAACAGCUGGCUCAGAUUCUGCCGGCGCUCGAGUCCAUGCCAGACGUGUGGAAACUGUUUGAUGGCACGUUGGGCCAGAGUUUGGUUGCAUUCGAAGAGAGCGGGUUCUGA